CAAAUGGUUCGGGUAAAACAACAAUAUUUAAUUGUUUAAUUGGUAUAUAUAAACAAACAUCAGGAACAAUAAAAAUAGAAAAUGAUGAUGGAAAUAAUUUUGAUACACGAAUAAAUAUGGAAAUGUUAAGAAAAUCAAUGGGUUAUUGUCCACAACAUGAUAUACUUUUUGAUUUAUUAACUAUAAAAGAACAAAUAGAAUUUUAUGCAAUAGCACGAGGAUUUGAAAAAAAUAAAGAAAAAUUAGCAAAUGAAAUGCUUCAUUUAAUUGAUCUUGAAAAUUCUAAAGAUCUUUAUUGUAAAACAUUAUCUGGUGGAAUGAAAAGACGUUUAUCAUUAGCUUGUGCAUUUAUUGGAGAUACAAAAAUAAUUCUUCUUGAUGAACCAUCAAGUGGACUUGAUCCAUCAAAUCGUCGUUCAUUAUGGGAUUGGUUACGUUCAAUGAAAGAAGGUAAAACACUUUUAUUAACAACACAUUUUAUGGAAGAAAGUGAUGCUUUAUCCGAUCGAAUUAUGAUUAUUGCUAAUGGAAAUAUUAAAGCUGAUGGAACAUCAGCUAAAUUAAAAGAAAAAUAUGGAUCAGGUUAUAAAUUAAUUAUUAAUAAACAGAAUAAUUCUCAUACAGAUGAUAUUAAAAAUACAUUAUGUCAUUAUUUACCGGAAUUAAAAGUCGAAACAGAUAUAUUAGAUGGUGAUGUUGUUUUUCGUACAAAUCAACAACCAAAUGAACAAUUUGUACAAGCAUUAUAUCAUCUUGAAACAAUGAAAAAAGAGAAUCGAAUUAAAGAUUAUGGUGUACAAAAUAGUACAAUGGAUGAUGUUUUUUUAAAAAUCACAAGAGAUACAAAUAUUGAAAAUGAAUCAGAAUCAAUAUCAGCUAAUACUGAUACAUUGGAGCAACAAUGUCAUUAUGCAUUUAAUGAUCAACAUAUUUCUACCGGUAUUCCGUAUCAUUUAAGUCAAUAUCAUGGUUUAAUAAUAAAAUCAUUACUUGUACGUUAUCGUCGUUGGGCAUUAACACUAAUUGUUUUAUUAUUACCAAUUUUAUACAAUCUUUUAUCAAAUAUAACAUCACGUAGUCACAAUGAAAGUGGAAUAUUUAAAAUGAAUUUAAAUUCACUUAAUCCACAAACUAUUUUAUAUCAUACAGAUCCAAUAAUAGAAAAAUAUUUUCGUGCAUCUAUUGAUGGUGCAGUACUUGAACAAACAACAGAAAAUAUAUUCCAAACCAAUCGAGAUAUUUUACAAAAACGAAUAGAUCGUCCAUAUACAUAUACAGAUAUUUAUCUUGCUUUCAAUAUUCCAAAACCAACUAGAAAUAAAUAUAAAAUUGAAACAUUGUCAUCAAAUUUAAUAUCCGGUUAUGAAGUUAUUUCAUUAGCAUCUAAUAUAUUUUAUAAAUAUGCAUUAAAUGAUACAGGUGCAUCAAUCCAAACGACAUUGAUCUAUAAAAAAAUAGGAAAUUUUACAACGCAACCAUCCAUUGAGGAUAUAUUGAAUCGCUUAAGUAUGAUAUCAUGUAUUCUUAAAUUAAUACCAACAGCAUUAUUAUUUGAUAUAUUCAUAUUUUACAUUCUAUUCUUCUAUGUAACUGUAUUUUUAAUCAGCGAACGAAAAGAUAGCUUUCUAUCAUUGCUUAAUAUCAGUGGUUUACAUCCAGCAUCGUAUUGGAUAUUUACUUAUCUUUUUGAUAUAAUUAUUUCUAUUUUAUGGUUUUGUUAUUUACUUGCUGUUUAUUGUAUAUUUCAUGUUGCUUUUAAUGGUAUACCAAACAAGAAAUCUCAAAUAGAAAAUACAGUCCUAUUUGAAUUUCUUAGUCCAUGGAAUUUACGAGUACAAUUUUAUCCAUUAACAAUAUUAAUU